GGAAAUGGCAGUUAAGUUUCCGUGUCAAUGGCGAUGAAAAGUGGUUGCCUUUAUGAUCCAUCCUCUUUCUCUUAUCUUAAAUCAAACACAUCCGAAAAAUAGCAUCCAAUGCGCUACUCUUUCACAAUGAACACUCUGGUGAAGACAGGUGGCGCGUGGCUUGUUUCGCCGUCGUUGGCAGCUGUGAGGAGGAUGAGUGUAGCUGGUUUCGCCACGUCAUCAUCAUCUUCUGUACCCAAUUGGGAAGGUGGAGUUUCCAUGGUCCAAGGAGCUUCCAGAGGCAUCGGCCUCGAGUUUGUAAGGCAGUUGUUAGAGAACAAUAAGAAAGGACAUGUUGUUGCCACUUGCCGGAAUCCAAAAGAAGCAACAAGUCUUGUUAAUCUGAAGAAUAGCUUCCCUGAGAGGCUUUUCAUCCAAAAGCUUGAUGUUACAGAUGAAACCACCAUUGAGGAAUCAGCGGAAUCUGUAAGAGAAAGAUAUGGUUCUCUCAACUUACUUAUAAACGCAACUGGUAUACUUUCAAUUCCUGGUGUAUUGCAGCCAGAAACAACAUUGAACAAGGUUGAAAAAUCAUCAUUGAUGCUUGCAUAUGAGGUUAAUGCAGUUGGUCCAAUUCUAGUAAUGAAGCAUAUGUGGCCUCUCCUUAAGGCUGGUGGAGGAAAUGGAACCGAGAGGGAAGUUGCUGUUGUAGCCAAUUUAAGCGCACGAGUUGGGUCAAUUGGAGAUAACAAACUUGGUGGUUGGCACUCUUACAGAGCUUCAAAAACCGCACUCAACCAACUGACGAAGAAUGUAUCGGUUGAGCUGGGUAGGAGGAAGGAUCCUGUGGUAUGCAUUCUACUGCAUCCAGGAACUGUAGACACUGAUCUCUCUCGACCGUUCCAAAGGAAUGUUCCUGAAGGAAAGCUUUUCACAACAGAGUACUCUGUUCAAAAACUAUUGCACAUCAUCAACAAUGCAAAGAAACAAGACAACGGCAAGUUCUUUGCUUGGGAUGGCCAGGAGAUACCUUGGUGAUAUUAUUUUGUCCAUAUGAAUGGUCACUUCUUUCAAAUUUUAUUGGUUUCUUGCUCUUUCUUGGUUUGAGAGCAAGUCCUUUGAGUAAUACUAAAUAACCUGGAGUGAGUGUCCAGAGUUUGAGAGCUUUCUGAGAAUACAA